AUGAAGAAGGGGGGGUGGUGGUCCCCACCACCCAUUCUGGAAGGAGGGGAGGUGGUCCCCCUCAGGAGGAUGAAGGACUGUUGGAAAGGGGCAUACCAGGAGUCGCGCAAAAGAGAGAAGUGGGCAGAAAGGUGGGGGAGACACAUCAACUGGAGGCGGGUGGUGAUGACGCGGGACUCGCUGGCAGUUCCCAGCCGUCCACGUGACAUCCUCAUCCGGAUCCACGGCCUCAAUUUGCAAGUGGGGGAGCGUCUUGCAUUUCUCAGCGGAAAACCCACAUGCCCGUACUGUGGGGAGGAGGAGACUCUAGACCACUGCCUUCUCCUCUGCCCUCGGAUUCAGGCAAUCACCCCUGCUCUCAUGCGUGCUCUACGCAUGCUUAAUCCCAACCAUUCCACAGCCACACUCGGGGACAUUCUAUUCCGGAAAACGGGGUCUAGCUCAGCUUUUUCAGAGAUGACCCUCACAUCCAUCGCAUUCCAUCAGCUGUGCGGGGGAGAUGCAGGUGCGGGGGAGAUGCAGGUGCGGGGGAGAUGCAGGUGCGGGGGAGAUGAAGGUGCGGGGGAGAUGCAGGUCACCGCUACCAUCGGCCCCGCCAAGACCAUGCCCAGUGGCAGGUGCGUGCUGGGUGCAUGCUGGGCGCAUGCUGGGUGCGUGCUGGGCGCGUGCUGGUUCAUCUACAUGGACGGCCGCCAGCUGGCAAAUGACGUGGCAGCAAGCCUGAUGGACCUCACAGUGCAGCAGUGGCAGGCGAUGAAGCGGUGGGUGGAGGCGCACAGCAGCACGCCAGGCGCCAUCCUGGCCAUGGGUGAUGUCUUCCCCCUUGCCCUCGCCUGCCUCGCCUCCCACCACUCCACCACGCUCCCUGCCAUUGCUGCGGCCAGCACUGCCCCAGAAGCAUCAUGCCCACCGGCACUGCCCGUGGCCUUCAUGGGCACGGCCAAGAGCGAGUUCUACAUCCGAGGGGACCAUGCCCGCCUGCUGCUCUCGCACGCCAGAACAUUCGUGGAGAGGUGGUGGCACGGAAGGGGGGUGUACCACCCGUGGGAGCAAUGGCUCAUGGCGCAUGCAUGCUACAGGCUGGCGGCAGUGAGGGACAGGCUCACUGGUCAGGUGCUCGCUCAGAACAUGCCCUUGGAGGAAGCUUCCCCCUCUGCUUCCUCCUCCUCUAUUGCGAGCGAGCAAGGGCUGUUCAGACAGGGCAAGGUGGCGUACCUGGGCAACGCCAUGAUGGAUCACAUGGCGCCAUCGCCCCACCUGCACGCCUUCAUCCACACCCACCUCCCCGCUUGGCUGCACCACCGCACCACCCCUGAUGUGCACAGCGCGGGGGGCUCUGAUACCACGGCACCACACGGAGCGGCCCCGAGCGCGGCAGCGUGCCAGGGCAGCAGCAGCAGUCUGUUCCGCCAUGUCUUUGCCAUCCUUCCCGGAUCCAGACCGCCUGAAGUGAGCCUCUCCUCCCUGCCUCUCCCUCGUACCCACGUCGCCCGCCCAUCUGAAGCUCUCAAUGUGCUCAGGUGUGUAUUCCAAUUGGGAGCUCCUCACCUCCUCUAUCCCCCACCUCGUUUCCACCCUACCACCUUGCUCGGGGGGCACCAGCACCAAUAUGAGCAGCACUUCCACUGGCAGCAGCAGCAGCAGCAGCAGCGACAGCAGCAACAGCAGCAGCAGCAGCAGCAGCAGUAG